AUGGAAGCUAUUACACAACUCAAAAAAUUUAUGUAUGUCAUUUCAUAUUAUAAAUGCAAGUGGUCAUCAUUUUAAUGUAAAAAGCUUUCACAAGUAUAUGAUCGACAAUGACAUCUCAGAUAUUCAAACAUUGAUCAAAUUUUGUUAAUUGGACAAUACUGGAUAGAGAUUCAAUUUAUGGAGAUUGUUUUUUAAGUAUUAUAUAAUAACAACAUAGAAUCUACUCUUUAGAAGAUACAGUCUAUGAAAAGAUAGGUAAGUUAACAAAAACAAGAGAUACAUAUAAAUAAUUAGAACAAAAGUAUUCAAGAUCUUAAGAUGUGAUAUCAACAACUAAAAUUGAAGAAUAAUCUAAAAAAGGACCAUUAGGUGGUCCAUUAGGAGGACCAUUAGGUGGUGGAUCUAAAAUAAAGACAGCAACAUAAAAUCCAAUGGAAGAUGCUGAAUUAAGAAAUGAAAUAAGAAAGGAUGUUGAAAGAACAUAUUAAGAAAUUUAAUUUUUUGCUAAUAAAAAAAUAUUGCAAAUUCUGACUAGUGUCUUAUUUAUAUGGAGCAAAGAAAACAGUGAAAUUUCAUAUAGAUAAGGUAUGAAUGAAGUUGCAGCUUCUUUGAUUCAUGUUUAUUUUCAAGAAGCUCUUUAUUCAGAUGAGAUUGAUAAGAUACAAGGGGUAUGAAUUUAUAUAUAAUGAAGGCAACAGAGGAAGAUAAACAAAUAUUACUAGAAUUUAAUUCAUGGGAAUAUGCUGAGGCUGAUAUAUACACACUAUUUUAGAAGUUAAUGAAUGAUGCAUAACAUAUGGAAAUGUUCAGACCAAAUUAUACUGAGGCUUAAAAGAUCAAAUUAUAAAGUAAGAAGCCAAGUGCCAUUUUAACAAGAGUAUCCAAAAUAUAAGAUAUUCUAUUAAAAUAAGUUGAGAUGCCUUUAUUUAGACAUCUUAAAUUGUUAUAAGUAGAAUUCCAAAUAUUUUUAUUAAAAUGGAUUAGGUAUUAAAAUAUAAUAAAUUAAAAUAGAUGUAUGUUUACAAGAGAAUUACAUUUAAUAGAAUCAUUUAAAGCAUGGGAUGCAAUUUUCUAUGAUUUUUAUGAAUAAAAAACAGAAACUUUGUUCUUUGUUGAUUGUAUAGCAAUUGCAAUGAUAUUAUAUGUUAAAUAGCCAAGUAAUUAUUAUAUUUAUAUAAUAGUAAUGGAAAUGGAAGAUUCAAGUUAAUGUUAUUAAAGAUUUCUAAAAUAUCCACCAGUUUCUAAUUUACCAGCUCUUCUUGAGUCUGCAAUCAAUAUUAGAGCUAUCUUAUUGAAUCAAAAGUCUGCAACUAAUUUAGAUGAUCAAAUUGAAUCAAAUUAACCAUCUAUAUAUUCAGAUAAACAAUUCAAUCCUGUUUUUUUUGCAUAAACUACAGAUAAAGUCGAUGGAGUAGAUGCUAAGGUUGUAAAGAUUACAUCUGAAAAACCAUAAUUUAGAAUGAAAGGUGAUGUAGAUCUAGUCUACAAAGAUGAAACCUCUCCAGAUAAAUCAAAUUAAUCUUAGUAAUAAUUUAUAAAUCCAUUACAACCAAAAUAAAUAUCUCAGCAAUAAAAGCCAUAACAAUACUAAUAAUAAUAAUAAUAAUAAUAAUAAUAAUAAUAAUAAUAAUAAUAAUAAUAAUAAUAAUAAUAAUAAUAAUAAUAAUAAUAAUAAUAAUAAUAAUAAUAAUAAUAAUAAUAAUAAUAAUAAUAAUAAUAAUAAUAAUAAUAAUAAUAAUAAUAAUAAUAAUAAUAAUAAUAAUAAUAAUAAUAAUAAUAAUAAUAAUAAUAAUAAUAAUAAUAAUAAUAAUAAUAAUAAUAAUAAUAAUAAUAAUAAUAAUAAUAAUAAUAAUAAUAAUAAUAAUAAUAAUAAUAAUAAUAAUAAUAAUAAUAAUAAUAAUAAUAAUAAUAAUAAUAAUAAUAAUAAUAAUAAUAAUAAUAAUAAUAAUAAUAAUAAUAAUAAUAAUAAUAAUAAUAAUAAUAAUAAUAAUAAUAAUAAUAAUAAUAAUAAUAAUAAUAAUAAUAAUAAUAAUAAUAAUAAUAAUAAUAAUAAUAAUAAUAAUAAUAAUAAUAAUAAUAAUAAUAAUAAUAAUAAUAAUAAUAAUAAUAAUAAUAAUAAUAAUAAUAAUAAUAAUAAUAAUAAUAAUAAUAAUAAUAAUAAUAAUAAUAAUAAUAAUAAUAAUAAUAAUAAUAAUAAUAAUAAUAAUAAUAAUAAUAAUAAUAAUAAUAAUAAUAAUAAUAAUAAUAAUAAUAAUAAUAAUAAUAAUAAUAAUAAUAAUAAUAAUAAUAAUAAUAAUAAUAAUAAUAAUAAUAAUAACAAUAAUAAUAAUAACAAUAGUAAUAAUAACCAACAUCUUAAACAAUUUAAAGUAGUAAUUCAUCUUCAAUUACUACAAAUUUCUUCGAUUCUAGUUUAUCUAGUACGAAUACUAAAACAAUUAAAACAUAAUUUUAAGUAGAAGAAUAAACAUAAUAAGUAAAAAAAGAUAAAGCAUCAAUUCCAAUGAAGAAUAAUAUUUAGAUUCCAAUUUAAUAGGCUGAAGAGAUGUUUAACACUUUAGAAGAUGCUCUAAAGUUCAUGAAAUAAUUUAAAGAUCAGUAUCAUUAUAUUAUUAUUAUAGUUCAAACUAUUAGGAUUUAAUAAGGAAUUUGACAGAAAUGAAAGACAUUUUUGAAACUUCGCUUAAGUAAUAUUGUAAAUUAAUAUUUUAGUGAGAAUUAAUUAACUUAAAGAUAAUAAUAAUAAAAUCAAUAAGAUGAUAGUGGUAUCUCUGGUAAAGUGGCAGGAUUCCUAAAGAAAAAAUGGUGA